AUGUCAGACCACGGCUCACUGUCGUCGCAAUGGAUCUUCCUAAUCACCGUAUUUGCUAUCAGCCUAGCCGUCGGCGUUCUUACCCUGGUUGUCCAGCACCGGCAGCGCACCCUCCUCUCCCUUCGCAUUGCCAACGGCGAAGUCGACCUUGAAGCUCUUGGAAUUAAACGCCUUCACAUUCCUCAAGAUCUCGUCGAAAAACUACCAAAAUAUACUUACACCUCGGGAUCAGAAGGUGCCCCAGCUACAGCUAACGAAGCGCCUGUACGACAAGUACUAUUUCCCCAGCCGACUUGCCCCAUCUGCCUUGACAAUUUCAUCCACAACGAAAGUACCAUCCGUGAACUCCCUUGCCGUCACAUCUUCCACCCCAGAUGUAUCGAUCUGUUCCUUAGCGGUAACUCCUCCUUAUGUCCGAUGUGCAAAAGAUCCGCCUUCCCGCGAGGCUACUGCCCCGUUAAUGUUACGAACCUGAUGGUCCGCCAAGAACGACUCAUGCGGCGGGCGCGUCAACAAAUCCACGAAGCUUCACCAAGUCCGAUACCUGCGAUGGGGGCAAGUCAAAGUCAUAUUGGGGGAUCAUCGGCAUCGAGUGCACCUACAGCCACGAUCUACAACAGUCCCGGCUACGGCCAUGGUGCUUGCACCGGAGAUGCAGAUGUGAUCAAUGUGACCGACGCCAGUGAUCGGACGAUUAUACGCCCAGCUACUACAGUCUAUUAUUCCAAAAAGGGUGAUACGGGGACCACUACCGCUGAGUCACAGAAGCAACCUCAGACGCAAGAUACAAAUAUAGAUGAAGUGUCUACCAAAAUGAAUUAG